AUGCUUAAAGAAGACUAUGGUUACCCAGAUACUCUUGACUUUAGUGACAGAUAUAAAGAAGCUAUUAGAAAGUUCAAGGAAGGAAAUACUGACCCGAACCUAUUUAGCUUUAUGGCUCAGCACCAAAUGGGAUAUAAUUUCAAACCUGGAAAAUACAAGCUCGCUAAGGGAUAUGAUUUAAUAGCAUAUCAUCCAAAUGACAUGACUGAAUUUACUCCGAGAUAUUUGGUGUCAGAGCUAAAUGACAAUUCAACUCUCUUCAUGAAACGCGUAAAAAAUAGAGACGGAACGAAAGAAGAAAGGUUUAUGAGUCCGGAUGACUUAGAUAGGGAACUUUUUAAAAACGGUCUCGGAAUAUAUGAAAUGCCAGCAGAUGAGGUACAAGAAACUCCACAGGAAGAAGUUCAGAUACAACCAGACAUGGAAGAAAUAGUUCAGCAACAACAGCUAGAAGAGCCUGAAGGAAACGAACAAGUCCCUCCUUUGGAAACUAACUUCACAGAACUAGAUGAAGAUUUGGAACAGCCGAAAAAUCUUGACCCUCAACAAGACUAUGAGGUGAAUAUGGAAUCUUUCCAAGAGUCUAAGAAAAAUUCGGCUGACAGAGUAGAAAAAUAUCGAAAAAUGUUUGCCGACAUACAAAAGACUCCAACACCAGAUGAAAAUAUUCAGCAUAGAAUGGAAGUACUGAAAGAAAAUGUACGCGAAUACAAUAACCCUUUUUACUUACGACCAUAUAACGUUCAAUCUUUGGCUGAACUCGGUGAAAAUAAAAGGUUAAAUUUCAACAAAACAUAUAGAAAUGAAACAUUGUUUAAA